GAAGAGCGCCGGCAGCUGACGCCAGUGGCAGCACCAGCGCGUCCACCUGCCGCUUCUGCCCGCCGCCACAGACCGCCGUUGCGCCAGAUCUGUACGAGUGGGGAAAUUCGUUGUACGACUGGAACUGCUGCUAAAGAGGAGAGUGCUUUCUACACACAGGUACAAUGGCACCUGCCUAUAAACUUAUUUACUUCAAUGCCCGAGGGAAAGCAGAACACAUACGCUUCAUUUUCGCCUAUGCCGGAGUGGACUAUGUGGAUGAACGAAUUCCCAAAGAAAAAUGGUCACAUUACAAAUCAAGGAUGCCAUACGGAAUGGUACCAGUAUUGGAAAUAAAUGGAAAACAAGUAGCCCAGUCAAAUGCCAUAGCACGUUAUCUUGCCAGGCAAUAUGGGCUGGCCGGUAAAGACGAGUGGGAAAGCUUACAAUGUGAUGUACUUGUUGAUACUCUCUCUGACUUAAAGCAAGCACUUUUCCAGUACAGAAUGGAGCCUGAUCCUCUGCGGAAAGAUGAAAGGAAGCAGACUCUCCUCAAGGAAACAAUACCAUUUUUUCUUGAUAAAUUUGAAAAAGUACUAGAGGAGAAUGGUGGAUUUUCAGUGGGAGGAGCUCUUACCUGGACGGACUUUGUUUUUGCAGUGUCUCUAGAAAAUUUUGAACUCAUUUUUGGUAAAGAGUCCCUUGAUCAUUAUCCAAAACUCAAAGCUCUUAAGGAUAAGGUUUUCAGUUUGCCAAGAAUUCAAGAAUGGAUAAAGAAAAGACCUGUAACUGAAUUCUAAUAUUUACUGCUGUUAUGGAAUGUGUAUUUCAAGUCACACUAUGUUUUCAGAAAAACUGAUACAACAUAUGAAGGAACUAUAUCUUCACUUCAAGAUAAAAAAUAAAUUAUAACUGUAUUAUUUCUUGAAGGAGACAAAUACAAUGAAGUUCAGUAAUCAUAUAUCACUUAUGUGGAUGCAUCACGAAUCUAUGCAUUGCAGUGAACGUUUUUUUUUUAAUUAGUCGGACAUUUUUUGUUAAAAUGACAGACAACAUUACAUACUCUGAAUCACAUUUUCUUCACAGCGUAAAGCAAAGAUCAAAUGAACAGAGAAUAAGAUAGCAGAAACUUUUUUCUGUUUAUAUCAAAUGGUCCUUCAACAAAGGAAACUUUUGAGCACACAUAUUUGUCCAUUUCUGAAGGUUUUUUUCAACAGCUGAUUGUAAGAAACAAUGACUUUUGUCUCUGUUAGAGAAGAAAUAUUGAUGGUUAGCUGGCCAUCUACUGUCUAUAUUACAAUGUAAAUUUAUUUUUUACAAAAUACAUUGAUUGUGUAAAUACAUAUAUAUAUUUUUUUUAAAUCUCAUAGACAACAUAAAUUUUGAGCUUCUUUUCUGUAGAAAUGAUGUUGUGGAGAUAAAGUUACUUAUUUUCUGUUUCCUGUUUAUAGCCUUCUUAAGAUCAAUUCCUAUACACGUUCAAUUCUUAUGCACAAUGCACUUGUGAAGCUAUCAGCAGUUUCCAUUAACAGGCAAAAAUGUCCUAACGAGGAAAACAAGAAUUUUGUGUUUCUCUGGAACACAUCUGAUAAAAUUAUUUAUGACAAAGUAAACCUGACCCUAAACUGUAGUUCAAUUUAUUGCACUAGAAAAUAGUUUAUUCAAGCAUCACUAGACUAAAGCACUGCUGUUUGUGAAAGUAAUAAGCUGAAAUGGUCCACACAUGCUGAUAAAUUUACUAUACAGUUUGCUUGGAGUAAGAGUACAGUUAACUCUAUUUUUUGGUUCAUACAAAGUAUUUCAAAUGCAAAGGAUAGUGGUGCCCAAAGUGAAAAUUUGCACCAAUACAAACCUCUCCAUAUAAUAUCAAUUAUUGCAACAAGUUUUGUACAUUCUCCUGGGAAAUUGAUUGAGAAGUAUCAGAGCAAGUUGAAAAAUACUGUUGUGGUGGUGGUGGCAGAAAUAAGGAACUAAGUUUAAAGUAUGUAGGAUUAGCUUAUAUUAAGCAAAUGCAGGUGUGGAGCCAAGGAUCCAUAAAACAAUGUAUAUUUUUACAUACUCAGUUUCCAAAUUUUUUCAGCUAACUUUCAGAGUCAGUUAGUGCAAAAUUUAAAGGUCUCAGAAAUUUCAUAAAUUUUAGAAAAUUACAUGUCUAACACACAGUACUUUUCAAUUGCUUGGCCAAGGGAUGGACUUGUCGCCUGACUACAAAGCAAUGAUGCCCAUUCUCAGGCUGAGUCUACCGGAUGCCAACAAGAAAUCUGACAGGGUUCAUGACAACCAUAGGAAGAAUUGUGAAACCACAGGACACUGAGUAUGGCAUGACAGAAGAGAUAGAUCCUUGGUUAAGAAUUAGAUUACAGAAAUAUUGAUUGUUCUUUAACAUAGACAUAAAUGGCCAAAAGAAAAACCAUGCACUCCAUUAAGCCAUUGUUUGCAGAUCUCAGAUGACAAUGACAGUGCUAAAUGAAGUUCUACUAAUGAAUGCACAAUUUACUUUUAUAUAGUGUAGAUUAUGACAUCCUGAAAACUGUGGGAUCUUGUCACUAUAAUGUUUCUUAACUCGUUUUCAUGCUACAUGUGCUUCCCAAAUUUAUUGGACAUUAUGUUAAAGCAUUGUACUAAGCACUACUGUAAACAUGUUAUUAGUAUUUUAUUAUAUUAAAACAUAUGAUAUCUUUUA